UCUAAUAUAAAGGAGCGUGCGGGUGUAAGAAGAGUAGUGUCGCGUACAUAGGUUGAAGAGCAUUGUCGCGAGAUGUACGCCAUCCUGAUUCCAUUCUUCCUAGCGGCCGACGUAGUCGUCAACAACACGUCGGAAUGGACGUACGGGCCGGAAUACUUGUACGACGUGAACAUUUCUUUUAUUCUAAAACCGGAACACCACAGACCCGUCGAAUAUUAUCAAGUAAUUGCCACAAUAAACUGUCGCCCGAAAAUGCCGGACCAUCUGUCCUGCCAUUUCAACAACGCGACGCAAAUGGACUCUAUCAAGAACAACAACGCGAGUCAUGUAUUGCAUAUGGAAGAAAAGUUUGAGAUCAAAUUUAACGAGCGCGGCGUGGAAGGCGUGAUCGUCGAGCCGAACACUCCGGCGGACACUGUGAACGUUAUCCGAAAGUUUGCCACUCAGUUUAACGUGGCUGUUGAUCGGAGCAACAUUGGCAUGUCGCACUUUAUGGUCAGAGAGAACUCGUCAAUGGGUAAUUGCGCGACGACGUACAGUGUCACACACGAGAAUCCCGGGACAGACACGGAAGGAGAUUUUCGGCUCGUGGUAUUGCCGUUGGCCGACGCGAAACCUGGGACGACUCUUUCGAUCGAGAAAUCUCGGACGGAAUGCAUUGACUCACCGCGACAUUUUGAAGUAUCAGACGCAAUCUUAGAGAUGUUUUUGCAGGAGAGAUUUGUCAGCAACAUACAGAUCAAUCAAAAGAAAUUCGAGAGCUCUAGCGAAAUCGAUGCAAAAGUAAAAUAUAUCCGAUCCGAAAUUGAAGUGUGGUCAAAUACAGAACUAAUACACGUUAAGUUAAACAGCAUUGAACCCGCGAAAAAUGAACUUCCGAUGCUAUUUUACGGCGGACUGAUCGAUUUAAAUAUCAAGAAUGGGAUACCAAACAAUUUGAUAGUUUAAAACGAUUAUAUGAUCUGCCGGUAUAUGUCACUACGUCGUAGGAAGGCUAUAAUUUGCAAGUAUGAAGUGCAGGGUUGAGAAGUAAACUCGUUACUUGUAACGAAGUUACGGUUACAGUUCCUUUUUUUUUGAAAGUCUAACUUAAACUCUGUUACUUUCUUUCCAGCUGUGACUGAAAUGUAACUCGGUUACAUUUUUUCAAUAACUUUUAACCAGAUGAUUAGUUACAAUAAAAGAUUCUUUAUAUAUAUAUUUUUUUUAAACAUCCGCAGAUUGCAUUGGGCCUUGCAUUUGCGCAUAAACGCCU